AUGACACGAACAGAUGGUGAUAUCGAGACUGACGCCAUCGUUAUCGGUGGUGGCUUUGGCGGCUGCAAUUCGCUCUACAAGCUCCGCAAUCUUGGCCUGUCCGUGAAAUUGAUCGAAGCCGGCGGUGCCUUUGGUGGCGUAUGGCACUGGAACCGCUACCCUGGUGCCCGUGUCGACACGGAAAUGCCAUCUUAUCAGUUCAAUAUUCCUGCAGUGUACAAAGGUUGGAACUGGUCGGAGCGCUUUCCAGGCGAUGAAGAACUGCGACGCUACUUCAAGCACGUUGACUCAGUCUUGGGCUUGAGCCAAGAUACUUUUUUCAAUACCAUCGUCACUAGUGUAAAGUAUGACAACGCAAGUUGUCGUUGGAACAUUUCUACAAACACAGGCCUCACGGCCUCUUGCAAGUAUGUCAUCGCCGCGACCGGGUCUUCCUACAAGAAGCACUUCCCUCGUUUCAAUGGAUUGGAAAAGUAUGGCGGUCAACUGGUUCAUGCCGCCGACUAUCCCGAGAAUCUCAAUGUGAAGGGAAAGCGUGUUGGAGUUGUUGGAAAUGGCGCUUCGGGUCUCCAAAUCAUCCAGACCCUUGCCAAAGCGGAUUGUGAGCUCACAGCUUUCAUUCGCACGCCUUGUUUUGCCAUUCCCAUGAAACAGCGAUCUAUUCAAACCGAGGAUGCCGAAAUGAUGAAAGGUUAUUACGACUGUCUCUUCGAUCGAUGCUACAGCUCUGCCGCUGGCUUCCCACAUAACACCCGAUUCCAGUCUGCGCAUCAAGCAACACCAGAAGAGAGAAAGGAGCUCUUUGAUGAACUUUGGGAGCGUGGCGGCUACAGCUUUCUGGUAUCAAAUUACUAUGAUUUCCUUCUCGAUGAGAAGGCCAAUGCUAUCUUUUACGACUACUGGGUGCAAAGGACCCGUGCCCGCAUGACAGAUCUUACGAAAAUGGAUCUUGUCGCACCCUUGAAGCAGCAAAUGCUAGUUGGAACCAAGCGACCAAGUCUAGAGCAGGACUACUACGAGAUGAUUGACCGACCCAAUGUGACCUUGCAUAAUUUGAAACACUCGCCGAUCGUCGACUUCGAUCACACUGGCAUGGUCACAGGCAACAGCGAAGAAACCCAGCACCACGAUCUAGAUAUAUUGAUCUUUGCUACGGGCUACGAUGCCGUCACAGGUAGUUUGCUGGACCUCGCGAUCACGGACAAGAACCAGGUUCCUUUGUCUGAGAAAUGGAAGAAUGGUGUUUUGACCCACCUGGGACUGAUGAUCCCUGACGCGCCUAAUUUUUUCAUGGUGUAUGGCCCCCAGGCUCCAACAUCCUUGGCCAACGGGCCGCCUUUUAUCGAGAUGGAGGUUGACUGGAUCUGCAAAACCAUAUCAAAGAUGCAGGAGAGGAAUGUUGGGUCCAUUGAGCCAACUCAAAAGGCUGCCGAGGCGUGGCGAGAGCAAGUUGUUGCUGUCAGCAAUCAUACGUUGUAUCCGAAGACGGACUCUUGGUACAUGGGGGCCAACAUUCCAGGGAAGCGGCGAGAACCACUUAUUUAUCUUGGUGGUAUGCAAAGUUGGUGGAAGAGUUGCGCAAGUGCUUUAGAGACUUGGGAAGACUUCGACGUGGAUGUUUGA